AUGGCUCAACAGAAACAAGCUGGACAGGAGGACUCUAGCUAUUUGAGAAAGAUCCGGAAGCCGCUGGUGGAGAAGCAGCGACGGGAGCGCAUGAACCACAGCAUCGACCAACUGAAGCGGCUCAUAGCGGACACCGUCAGAGAACAGACGUCUCCCAUGACGCGUGUAGACAAGGCUGACAUUCUGGACCUCACAGUGUCCCACCUUCAGCAGCUUCAACAGCGCCACCGCUCAGUUUCCAUGGCAACUGAGUCAGCCGCCUACAAUUCCGGGUUCCAGACUUGUACAAGGGAGAUCCGUAAGCCGCUGUUGGAGAAGCAGCGAUCAAAGCGCAUGAACCACAGCAUCGACCAACUGAAGCGGCUCAUAACGGACACCAUCAGAGAACAGACAAGGCAGACACUCUGGAUCUCGCAGUGCUCCACCUUCAGCAGCUUCAACAACGCCACCGUUCAGUUUCCAUGGAAAUUGAGUCGGCCGCAUACAAAUCCGGUUUCCAAGCUUGUGCAAGGCAGAUAA